CUCCAACUCAGGCCCAUGGGCUUUCUCUCGAGCUCCUUGUCCGGCCCAAAAGCCACAGAACAAAGCCCAAAACCUAUUCUCGCCUUCGCUUCAUCUUCUCUGUUUCAGCUGAAGAGAGGGAUUCUUCUUUCCUCCUCCUCCCAAUCUCCAACCAGUGGCCAUGUCAAUGGCCAUGUCAGUUCCUCUUUCCCUCUCUUCUCCUUCCUCUUCUUCUUCGUCCUUCAGACACAAACCCUUCUUCUCAUCUCCCCUCCCUCUCCCUCUCAGGCCCCUGGCAAGACCCUCGAAGCCCUUCCUCUUCAGGGCACAGUCGAAGGCUCGAACUCAGCUGACGCGCCUGACCGGCUAAUCUCCGCCGUCUGCUACUUCUACCCCUUCUUCGACGGCGUCCAGUACGGGAAGUAUGUCGUGACCCAGUUCUCCCCCAUCGCCACCCUGAUCCAACCCCUCCUUCCCGCCAUUAAAGCCUUCAAGAGCUUCCCCUUCAAUGGCUUCUUGGUGUUCCUCACCCUCUACUUCGUGGUCGUCAGGAACCCCAACUUCAGCAGGUAUGUGAGGUUUAACACGAUGCAAGCUAUCGUUCUCGACGUGCUGCUGAUCUUCCCGGACUUACUGGAGAGGAGCUUCAACCCGCGGGACGGGGUUGGGUUGGACUUGAUGAUGAGCUUAGACAGCACUGUGUUUCUGUUCCUUUUGGUGUGUUUGAUCUACGGGUCAUCGUCUUGCUUGCUUGGCCAGGUCCCGAGACUGCCCCUUGUAGCUGAAGCUGCUGAUAGGCAGGUUCUUUGAAGGUCAUAUGUUCGAGCAUCUCUCUAUCGAUCACUUCAAUAUCAGGUGCGUUUCGAUCAAGAUAGCUAAUUGAUGUGACUGUCAAUGUCGAUGAUGUAAUCUGAUACCAAAAAUGAUUGAAUUUGCAUAGGGCUAGCAAGAUGCUCAUGAUUGUGUACCUCUCCCGGUGAUUUUCCGGGUUCUAUAUGGCACAUUGUACAUUGUAUUUCAAGAUCAAGAGAAAAAGUACCAUUUUGUUCCAUUGGAA